AUGGACCACCGAAACGAACAGGUAGAAGCCUUCGUACAAGCUCUACACACGGCAUCGCAGAGGGAAAAAAAGCCACUAGUGCGAUCCACGCAUUUUUUGUUGCCUCCAGGAGACAAUGACCCAAUCGAGCACAAUAUCCUGUCGUGGAAGGCACAGGAAUUCGCCUACCGCCAAUUUAGCCAAGAUCGUGAGGAACUACCAACACUCGCGCGGGGUCUCUUCACCGAAAAAGUAAAUGGUCAAUAUGAACGCAUUGUCAUUCGCGGGUAUGACAAGUUCUUUAACCAAGACGAACUUGCUUGGACGCUUCCCAACGCCAUUGCCACAUAUUCCACGGGUCCCUUCAUUUUGUCUUUCAAAGAGAACGGAUGUAUCAUUUUUAUAUCAGCCAUCACCCCCAAACGCCUCGUUGUGACAUCAAAGCACUCGCUCGGUUUUCGAACCGAGGGAGACAAACCCACACAUGCUGAAAUGGGAUGGCACUGGGUGCGGCACCACUUGGCUCAGGCUGGUCGUUCAGAGGAAGCGUUAGCAAACGAACUUUGGAACCGAAAUGAGACGGCUGUCUUCGAGCUAUGUGAUGAUUCUUUUGAAGAGCACGUUCUUCCGUAUUCACCAGAGCGUACUGGUCUGCAUCUGCACGGUCUCAACAAGAACACCGUGGACUUUGAGACACGACCCAUGGUGGAGGUCAAAGCUUUUGCCGAAGCCUGGGGCUUUUUUCCUGUCCGCUACUUGACAUUUCAAACGCAUGAGGAAGUUGAUGCAUUCACGAAAAGCGUUGCGUUAACGGGGUCAUUGAAUGGUGAGCCCAUUGAAGGAUUUGUUGUGCGUACCACGAUUCCCGAUGACAUCUCGAAUCCGCCUCCCGGCGUCGUUCCGCCGCCCUACAAGCCUGGCCAGACAUGGUUUUACAAGAUCAAAUUUGACGAGCCAUACCUCAUGUAUCGUGACUGGCGCGAGCUGACACGAACCAUGCUUCGAGAAAAGAAUAAUUGGGAUGCUUUACAACUUGCCCUGCUCGACUCCCAAACAAAGCAUCUGGAGAUAGAAGACCAGGAACCGGAGGAAAAGCAAGAGCCCCAAGAACAUGAUCUAGCCGCACCCAGUAAGAAUGCAAUGAAACGCGCUCAGCGUGCACUCAGACGCAAGAAGGAUGAACUAGACCGCAAGACUGGUGUGGCCAAGCCUUGGGCCCCUACACCCAAGUCGCGACGACCUGAAACCAUGCUUUAUGUCCUGUGGUGCUAUGACCGCAUUUACGGUAAUCCUCAGCAGAACGUUGCGCCCCAGCCUGAACUUUUCGCGGAAUUCGGCCAGGGACGCGGUAUCAUAUCUCUUCGAGAGGCAUUUUUGGCAUACCUGGCUUCUGAAGAUGGACAAAAGGCUCUGAGCGACAAAACACAAAGCAAGGCGUCAGAGACCCGUGACCUUCGCUCAGACGAACGUCCGUACGAAAAAACGCUCAUCGUUCCGAUCGCUGUACCCGGCUCGGGCAAGACGGCUCUCUUCGUGGCACUAAGUCACUUGUUUGGCUGGGCACAUACUCAGAGCGACGAUGUUCAGACCAAGCGCACAGGCCCUGGAUUCUUGAAAAAUGUCGAGAAAGAGUUGCUGGCUCACGACGUCGUACUUGCAGAUCGGAAUAAUCAUUUGAUUAAACACCGUGACGAGCUCGUGGAUAUUGUGCGGCGCAUUAGCAACCCGCAGCGCGGUUCUGUGGGUCGCGUACGAUUGUGUGCAAUUGUAUGGGACAUCGCUGGCUUGCCGCACUCAGAGAUCCAGGCAUUAUGCUCAAAGCGCAUGAUCGAUCGAGGUGAUCGGCAUCAAUGCCUCCGAAUCGAGACGCCUGGCAAGUUUGAAUAUGACGUCAUCUUGACCCGUUUCAUCAAGGAAACUCAGCCUUUCCGUGGUGCGCAGUCAGGAGAAGGAUCCGUGGGCGUGUCUGACGAUCAAUUCGACGAAGUUGUCAGACUGGAUAUCCAUGACCCCAUGAAGGUGUCGCUCCAGCGUGUGCUGAAACAUUUGUGCCCUGUCUUGGGUUUAUCUAUGCCCACAGACGAGCGUAUAUCUGAAGCCAUCGAUGUUGCGAUGCAUUAUAGGCCAUCAGUUCGCAAGCCAUUGCCUAAGCUGGAAUCAGACCAGGAUAAGCAAAAGAACCUGGCCGUGCUGCCUUCAUCUUAUUUGGGCGUCUCGGUGUUCAUGACACCUAGCGAGUUUGUGCUACAACUGCUGGAUCGGAAGCCGGUGUCAGAGACUGUGCUAUCGGCGCGCCGUAUCCUAAGUAUCAUCAUAAACGAAAACCGUAUGAUUCAACGCCCUCACAUGACCAUUGUUCACCAACAGGACGUAAAGAAGGGCAUUGUGGACCAAGCAGCAUGGGACAAGCUCUAUACAUUUGCAAUCUCAGACCCGGCAGUCAACCCACGUGUAUUCCUGGAAGUCACGGCUUUGCUUUGGAACCACCGAGUAAUGGCAUUGGAGGUAUCGCCACCACACUGUCCGGAUUGGAAGGAUACCACCAAGUUCAGUCCGCGCGAGCGGCACCACAUUACUAUUGGCACUGCUGAGCUAUCGGCCACUGCCUUCGAAGCUAACAAACUAUGGGACGAUCCAGAGGCCGAGCGACUCGAGGUGCCCAUCCAGCGGCUGGAAGGCUGCCUCAAGUUUUAUAGUAACCGAAAGUAA